AUGUCUAUUAACUUCAAUCAAGCUGGUUUCCAGGGCAAAGUCAUUCAGCGCGGCGAUGAAGCUUAUGAAGAAAGCGUCUACCAAUACGCAUGGAGCUCCUAUGAAGACAAGGGCACUGUCGAGCCUGCAGCUGUCAUCUACGCUUUGGACGAUAGCGAUGUCCAACUGGCUAUUAAGCUCGCCAAGCAAUACAAGUUCGGUAUUGCUAUCCGUACCGGAGGCCAUCACUACACUGGUGCAUCUUCUACCUGGGACCAAAGUAUUCAAGUUGAUGUUUCCGACACCUAUACUGACUUUACCUGGGAUAAUUCUGAAAAGACCUUGUUAACCACUGGAAUCAGUGUCGCUCUUAGCAAGCUCAACAGCAGGCUCAGGAAGGCAAAUCGCUUUAUCCCCACUGGUCAAUGCAGUUACGUCCACUUGGGUGGUCACCUCCAGACCGGAGGAUAUGGCCAAUUGAUUCGCAGCUUCGGUCUUCUUGCUGACCAUGUCCAGAAGGUCCGCAUCAUUACUGCUGAUGGUAAUCCACGCUGGGUUGUACGUGGUGUUGAGGCUGACAAGGACCUGCUCUAUGGCAUUCUCGGAGGCAGUCCUGGCAACUUUGGAGUGAUCACUGAUGUCACUUUGAGGGUUCACAGAGAUGAGGAUCACCCUGAAUCCCGUGGUUUCCGUGCCCAGCUGCCUUAUAACAUCACUGCCCUCAAGGCUCUUUUGGAUAUUAUGGUCGAAAUGGACAAUGAUGAUUCCUUCGCUCCAGAUUAUGACUUCUGCGUCUCUGUCAACAAGGGCACUGGUCACCAGGGAGCCAAGUUUUCUGAACAGGACCGCCGUUUGUUGUGGGGUUCGUUCGAUUUGAACCUUCCUGACCGCCGUCUGGAGUACUAUGAUGAGCAUCCUACUAAGUAUGACCGCCUCAGCAUUGUUGUCUUUGCACAAUGGGCCAAUCUCCAAGGAGCUGGUCAGCCAUAUGACCCCAGCUUUUUUAAUAAGAUCCGUGAGGCUGGAGGUGGUUCUGCUGUAAUGAAGCCUCACGACGGUAUCUAUUUGGAUGAUGACAAGGCGCCUCUUUCAGUUCUCUGUUCUCAUUGGAUUUUCCCCACAGUUCGAGAAUUCCAACUUCCCUAUUUCAAGCGUACCUACAUCUCUAAUUCCAGAAAUCACAAGCAAAACGGGUGGACUACUUGGGUGACUGGUCGCAUCCAAGACCUCGAGAAGGAUCCUAACAACGAAAUUUUUGUCUCGGCCCAGUUCCAGUAUUCCGGCGGCAAAUUCUCAGCUUUCCGCAACAAUGGAAAGGAUGGUUUUUCAUCUCUUAGCUGGCGCGACUCGACCUUUGGCUGUACCUUAGAUGCUUUCUACAACAAAGACUAUCCAGCCUCCAAAGCUGCGGCGGAAGCCUGGGUUAACCAGAACGACCAGGAGAGUGUUGGCCACCACGAUGCCAAGUUUUCUGAACAGGACCGUCGUUUGUUGUGGGGUUCCCACAACUUGAACCUACCUGAGCAUCGUGAACAAUACUAUGAUGAACAUCCUACUAAGUAUGACCGUAUCAGCGAAAUCAAGCAGAAGUACGAUCCUGAGCUUAUUUUCACUGCCAAUGCCUUUGCGGUCGGUCCUCUUCCUGAGCGUGUUGCUGAGGCAUGCCACGUCAAAUUCGGGUUCUCUGCGGCGCUGUUCAAACAGGGCGAUGCUUUCGCCAAUCAAGCUCCUUCGGCACAUUUGCAACUUCAACUCCAAUCCGAGGAAUAAGUUUAGGGAAAAAAAAAAAAAAAAUCUAACACCAUUCAAAGUGGAAUAUCUAUGUGUAUAUACUCUUUCCACCUUCAUAAUUAAGACCACAUACUCUUAAACAAUUAAAAAUAAAUAUUAAAAGUAUAUAGUGGCACUCGGUGCAAGAAAGCCUUUGCUUAGUAAUUUUUUUUACUAAUAGAGCAUCACUAUUUAGAUACUCAAAUAAGCUUGGGCUGUUUAUG